GCCAUGGGCCGCGGCCCGCGCUGAGCACCAUGAUCGCGGCCGGGGGCUGCCUCGGCGCCGGGCUGCUGCUGCUGGCCGCCCUCUGCCCCCCCGCCGCCGCUGAAGUCUGCACCGGCACCGACAUGAAACUGCUGCGUCCCUCCAGCCCCGAGAGCCACUACGAGACCCUGCGGCACCUCUACCAGGGCUGCCAGGUGGUCCAGGGCAACCUGGAGCUCACCUACCUGCCCGCCGACGCCGACACCGCCUUCCUCAAGGACAUCAAGGAGGUGCAGGGGUACGUGCUGAUCGCGGAGAACCGAGUGAGCGGGCUGGAGCUGCAGAGCCUGCGCAUCAUCCGCGGCACGCAGCUCUUCCAGGACCGCUACGCCCUGGCCGUGGUGGGCAACGCCGGCCCCGCCGGGGCGCCGGGGCUGCGCCAGCUCGGCAUGAGGCACCUGACAGAGAUCCUGAAGGGAGGGGUGCGCAUCGAGAGGAACCCCGAGCUCUGCUUCCAGGAGACCAUCCUCUGGAGCGACAUCCUGCACCGGCACAACGAGUUCCGCAGCGAGAUCCAGGUGGAGACCACCCGCACCCGCAGCUGUCCCGACUGCCGAGCGCUCUGUGGAAAGCCCCCGUUCUCCAGCUUGGAGAAGACCAGCUGCCCGUUGAUCUCGAUCUCAAAGGCUCCUGAGGGGACACACGAGGCCCAGCCCUGA